CAGCAAUCCCUGCUUGGUAUUAUCCGGUCGAAUCGCCCCCAUCGAGCUGAGAGCAUCAGAGAAAUGGCCACUGUCCACGAAGCCCCCAUCGAUGGCGACGGCCGGAGACGACCUCACGCGCGCCGCGUGCUGGUGUUCCCGCUGCCGUUCCAGGGCCACAUCAACCCGAUGAUGCAGCUCGCCGACGUGCUUCACUCCCGGGGCCUCGGCGUCACCGUGCUUCACACCCGGUUCAACGCGCUCGACCCCGCGUUCCACCCCGAGUUCACGUUCGUCGCCGUGCCCGACGGCAUCCCCGCCGACGUCGCCGCGACGGGGAGCAUCAUCUCCAUCAUCCUCGCCAUGAACGCAGCCAUGGAGGCAUCCGGGGCGGUCCACGACGUCCUAUCGUCGGUGCUCGCCGAUGAACCCGCCGCGUGCCUCUUCAUCGACGCCAACCUCCUGGCCGUGCAGAAGGCCGCCACCGCGCUCGGGCUCCCGACCAUGGUUCUGCGCACCGGCAGCGCCGCAUGCUUCAGCUGCUUUCUCGCCUACCCAAUGCUCCACGAGAAAGGUUAUCUGCCCCCCAAAGAAUCGCAGCUCUGCACACCGGUGGAGGAGCUGCCGCCGCUGCGUGUCAAGGACCUAUUCUUGUCGAGCAGCAACAACCAUGAAAUGGUGCGAAAGGUCUUGGCCAGAGCCACCGAGACAGUGAGGAACUCCCACGGGCUUGUCAUCAACACGUUCGAAGCUCUGGAAACCGCCGAACUUGACAGGAUCCGGAGGGAGGUAGAUGUCGCUGUCGUGCUCGCGGUCGGCCCGCUCCACAAGCUCUCCACCCGGGGCACGGGGAGCAGCCUGCUGCAGCAGGACCGUAGCUGCAUCGAGUGGCUGGACAGGCAGGCGGCGGGGUCAGUUUUGUACGUGAGCUUUGGGAGCUUGGCGUCCGUGGACUCCGGCGAGCUCUCGGAGGUCGCGUGGGGGCUGGCCAACAGUGGCCAACCAUUUCUAUGGGUUGUCCGACCGGACCUCGUACGGGGAUCGGACGGGACAGGUCUGCCGGAGGGAUUUGAUCGUGCGGUGGACGGCAGGGGCAAGGUGAUCCCAUGGGCCCCGCAGCAGGAGGUGCUGGCCCACCCGGCAGUGGGUGGGUUCUGGACCCACAACGGCUGGAACUCGACAUUGGAGAGCAUCACCGAGGGCCUCCCCAUGAUCUGCAGGCCUCAGUUCGCGGACCAAAUGAUGAACACGAGGUACGUGGAGACAGAAUGGAGCGUAGGUUUUGAGCUUGAGGGUGAGCUCGAGAGAAACAAAAUUGAGGAGGCAAUUCGAAAUCUAAUGAGCCACGGAGAUGUGAUGAGGGAAAGCGCUAGAGAGCUCAAGAAGAAAGUCGCAACUUGCUUAGAGAGCGAUGGGUCUUCUGUGCUGGCCAUUGACAAAUUGAUUGAUUAUAUAUCAUCUCUCUAGUAUUUGUGUUGCGUUCCAUCUAAAUAAAUGAUGUUACUGGCAUUGAUGUAAUAUCAAGCUACGAUUUAGUCAAAUUAAUUCAUUCUCGUGCUCAUUUUCAAGCAA